AUGUCCGACUCCAUCCCCUCCGCCCACGCCGACGCAGACACCGAACAUCAGCAACUCCCCGCCAACCCCGAAGACCGCAAAGCAGCCGCCGCGCUCUCCGCCCUCAAUGCCACCGAGAUCGGGCCCGGUUCGACCCCGAAGCAGUCGACUUCCACUGCGGAACAGGAGGCGCUCGGAAAGGCGAUGAGUCGGUUGGAGAUUGCUGCGGGGCAGGGCGGGACGGCGAAGACUAAGACGGGAGAGGCGCAGAAGGAGGUUGUCAAGAAGAAGGCGGUUAGGGUUGCUGCUGAGGAUGUGAAUCUUUUGGUUGAGGAGCUGGAUUUGACGAAGGUCAAGGCGACGGAGCUGUUGAAGUCGUGUGACGGCGAUGCGAAGAGAGCGAUCAAGGCGUUUAUUACCCCCGCUGUGGGGGCAUAG